AUGGAUCCUUCUUCAGGACCUGAGGCUCGGGAGACUCCAGAGGGCCCUCAUUCCCAGCCCCAACCUCGGCCUCCUGUGUGUCUCCUUGUACUGGGGAUGGCUGGGUCUGGGAAAACGACCUUUGUACAGAGGCUCACGGGAUACCUUCACGGCCUGGGCUCGCCGCCCUACGUGAUCAACCUGGACCCCGCCGUGCACGAGGUCCCCUUUCCAGCCAACAUUGAUAUUCGGGACACAGUGAAGUAUAAGGAAGUCAUGAAACAAUAUGGACUUGGACCCAAUGGUGGCAUAGUGACCUCCCUUAAUCUCUUUGCUACCAGAUUUGAUCAGGUCAUGAAGUUUAUUGAGAAGUCUCAGAACAUGUCACAGUAUGUCUUGAUAGAUACACCUGGACAGAUUGAGGUCUUCACUUGGUCAGCUUCUGGUACAAUUAUUACCGAAGCCUUGGCAUCCUCCUUUCCAACAAUUGUCAUUUAUGUGAUGGAUACAUCUAGAAGCACCAAUCCUGUUACCUUCAUGUCCAACAUGCUGUAUGCAUGCAGUAUCCUGUAUAAAACUAAAUUGCCUUUCAUUGUGGUCAUGAAUAAGACUGACAUCAUUGAUCAUAGCUUUGCAGUGGAAUGGAUGCAGGAUUUUGAGACUUUCCAAGAUGCCUUAAAUCAAGAAACUACAUACGUCAGUAAUCUGACUCGUUCUAUGAGUCUGGUAUUGGAUGAGUUUUACAGUUCACUCAGAGUGGUGGGGGUAUCUGCUGUCUUGGGCACAGGCUUAGAAGAACUCUUUGUGCAAGUCACCAGUGCCACAGAAGAAUAUGAAAGGGAGUAUCGCCCUGAAUAUGAGCGUCUGAAGAAAACACUGGCCCAUGCACAGAGCCAGCAUCAAAAAGAGCAACUAGACCGUCUUCGAAAGGACAUGGGGCCUGUGGCCUUGGAUCCUGCAGCUGCCACAGACAGUUCAGCUUCUGCAGUGACGCCUUCUGAUCUGAUUCUUACACGAGGUACAGCAGAUGAGGAAGAAGAGGAUGAAGAAGAUAGUGAUACAGAUGAUAUUGACCAUAAAGUUACAGAAGAAAGCCAUGAAGAACCAGCUUUCAAGAAUUUUAUGCAGGAAUCGGUGACAUGGUACAGGAACAGAAGCAAUGAAUAAAUAAGUAAACAGGAGGAGAGAGAUAUUAGGGGACUGUACUUGGGUUAUUUAAAAUCCUGAGUCCCAGAGUUCUGCAUGAAGGAGCUGCUGUUGUCUUCUACUGGUUUUGACCUUAAAGAUGAGACCUUUUGGUCUUAAUGUUAGGGAGAUUUGGUGAUCAGGCAAAUGUGUUCUUACUCCUGGAACCUAGAAGAGAAAAACUGGAUUCCUUUUCACCUUUCCAAAGCCCUCUGGAUAGAAAGCUUAUAAUGUUGCAGCCCUGAGACUUUGUUAUCUUUUUGUCAUGUUAAAGUCAAGUAUCUGCUGCUAUUGAGUAGAAAUUGAGAGCUGGAACUCAAUGAUCCUUUGCAUCUCCUUUGGGAGGCUGGUUCUACAGCCUAUACUUCUCCCUUUCUUGUCUAUGCCCUUGAACUGCAUGAACCCCUUUCUCUGUGUGACAAACAGAGCUGAGGGUGAUUCCUCAUGAGCCAGGAAUGGCAACAUCUUCUCUGGUCAGUGUCAGUGCUAGAACCUGUCUAGUAUUAUGUUGUUUAUAGGACCUCAAGCCUGUUGGAGGAAAAUAUGAAUGCUCUGCUUUGUGUUGGAAUGUCGAUAAAUAAUUUAUUUAA